GAGUGGCGGAGGCAAGCAGAGACCCCGUGCUGCGCGGGGAGGAGGAGCAGUCGGGGUUGUGCGACAUCUGGGGCUGACGCCACAGCACAGGAUUCCACGAAGGAAGAGAACUGCAGCCUCCGCGUGCCGAAGCUCCACAGCUUCACGAUGCAGACCGUGUCGACGACCUUCCACCCGAUGAUCGCCUACACUGCAGUAGAAGAUGCUGUCGUGAGGGUAGCAUCGCUGCCAGACAUGAGAUAUCAUAUCAAUCUGAUUCAGCUCAUCUCUUCUAAGCUGCUAUAG